AUGGCAAAGAAUCCAGGUGAAAUGGAUAUGUCAAUGAAAAUGAAAAAUAAUGAAAAUGACGAAAAUAACGAAAAUGACGUUUCGAUUUCAAGGGUGCUUGAAGCGCCGCUUGGUCCAUUCUCAGCUGUGGAUUUAACUAUAGAUGGACGAUUGCUGUGCUUCCAUGAGAAAAAAGAUGAAAUUAUUAGUAUAAAUAUAAGAACUGGACAAUGGAUAUCUUUUCCACUUCCUGAAAGCUUAUGCUUCCAGUAUUUUUACUGGUCAAAUUUGAUAUCCUUGUCCAGAGAAAUUUUACUCGUUCUUCUAAAAGAACAUAAAACACGUUUAUAUUACCUCGUAACGAUGAAAUUAAAUUUUGAAAAAACAAUGGUCACAAUCAUUUCGAAAUCAAAAACAACGAUAAAGCUUACCGGAUAUUGUGUCAGCGCUCAGAAAAUAAAAAAUAACGAAUUAUAUUUCGGCUUUUGUGGGCAGAAAUUAUUUGAGAAACAUAAGAGAGAAAAAAUUUCUGAUAUGGAAAUUUUUUUAAAACAAUUCGCUACUCGAAACGCUACAAAUAGAAAAAUCGUAAAAAAUAAUGAAAUCGAAAAAAUUCCUGAAAAUUUGGAAAAAAGUUCUAAAAUAGUGGCAGUGAUUUUGAAAGUCAAUUGUGAUGAUCGAGGAAAAAUUAAGUCUAGAAUUUUGUCCUUAGGACGAGCUCAACGCUUUUCCAUCAGCGAUGUUUUUCUACCAAAAAUGGGUUUAAUAAAUCUAUUGCUACAUUUUGCAACAUCGUUACCUACAAAGACAAAAAUUUCUCGGUCCGGAUUUUUUACAAAUUGUUCACCGAAAAAAGCAGCGAUUGAUUGUUCAUCCGGUAUGCCAUUUGUUGGUGACGAAAUUAUAUGGAGCAAUGUUCAAAUGUUCAACAACAGUGCAUUUUUUCUUGUACAAGAUCUGAAAAUUAAUACUUGUGUGCUGUGGCGUGUUCAAGUAGAUUCAAUAAAAACAGUAGAAAAUUCGAAAGAUUACGAAAUGAAUGGAAUCAACAGUGAUAAAAAUUCAACUAAACCAAAUGAUAAAUACCAACAUCGUGCAGUUAUUCGUAUCAAUGAUUCCGACUCAAUUAGCUAUAGUAAACAUCCCCAUAAGAAUGAAAAUAUUUCAAAUCUCAAAUUCUCAAAUUCCCUAAAAUGGCAAAAAAUUCAAGAAUUUCAUGUUUCAAUGUUCAAUUUAUUCGACAAUAGUGCAUUACUGUUUGACAUAAAAGAAAAUUGCGCAUUUGUUAAAGGUAUUAAAACUGACUAUAAUGGCAAAUCAAUUGGCCAUUGUUUCAUUUCCUUUCAUGUUGAGUACGAUUUCGAAAAUAAACUUCUUUCAGUCGCUUAG